CAUGCUGCACGUGCACCUUGCAAUGUGUGUGUUGAGUUGACAUCCCAGGUCCGGUGUAGAUCGUGCAUGCACACGUGUCUAGCUCCGUGCAUGCCGCUUCGCAUGCACCACGGUAUCAUGACAGGCGAAACCAUUAAAACUAUUCGAGCUGAGCUGCAAGUGAGCAGUCACUCCUCCGAUCCUGCCUGCAUCAACAAGUCAUAAAUUGCUCUGAUGUGGUGAUAACGAGACCGUCAUGGAGCCUAGUUGCUCAGCGACCAGUGGCCGUCGGGAUGCAGAGAGGCCACCACUCCGAGGCGGCGUAGUGAAAUUAAGGUCCCGCGAGUCACGGGCCCAGCGCAAACGGGCUGUCCAGCUGCACUUGGAGCAGCUGGCUCGGGACCUACACCUUACCGGCGAGCGGCAGUCAGUCUGGGCACUGCUGCCAAUCGAUUUGCUGGUGCGCAUUCUGAAGCUGCUGGCCCUGCCCGACCGGGGGCGCUCCGCCCAGGUCUGCACACGCUGGCAUGCCACCUAUCACAUGCCGGACCUGUGGCACCAGUUCGCAUUUGAAUUUGUGCAGGAGACGGCAUUGAUGGCCAGCUCUACACCAGCGUCACUUAUCAAACAGGUAUUUGAGAGGCACAGCGCCGACCUGCGGCACGUCACCAUCAAGGUGGACAGCCACCAGGAGUCCGUAGCCAUGGCGUGCGAUGUCCUCACACAGCUUGGGGUGUGUUCUCUCCACACCCUGAAGCUGAGCUCCAUGCUGGGCCACAGCUUCACAUCUGUGCAACCCAAACAGGUCACUGACUCCAUGCGGGGCAUCCUCACCAACUCGCCUCUGAAGGAGCUGGCCGUUGCAAAGACGCUGAUCGACGAUGCCUCAUUGCAGACAAUGGCAGACAAGAGCCAGGCUACCCUGACCUCGCUGAAGAUUAACUGCUGCCCCGCCCUGUCUGCAUCAGGGAUCACCAGCGUUCUUGGCAGUUGUUUACAUCUGUGCGAGUUGACCAUGGACUAUCACCAGGUGAGUGAUGCCCUUCUCCAGGCUGUAUCGACACCAGCCCAUGUACCGAUGAAAGACAUAAGUAUCCGGGUGGUUGAGCCAGACAGUGGAGAUGGGAGUGAGCCGGUCCCUUGGCAGGCCAUCAGCCACGUCGGCUGGGACUCCCUGUCCCAGCACUCCCCAGACGUUGCCUUCGCUUUGCACUUCCUCAAACUCGAAGAGGAGAGCUACGACCACUUUUUUCGCCACCGACUGCCGGCGACCCUGCUGCACUUCGGCUGCUUCAUCCCGCGGCUGGUCCUGUGUCGGGUGGCGCGGCACUGCCCGCGACUCAGGACCCUGCUGCUGGCCAACACCGGGACAGACGAGCCCAUCGACGGGCCGCUGGCCGAGAUCGGGGAGCGCUGCCUUCAGCUACAAGAGGUGCAGCUCAGUGGCGCCCUUGUCAGCUGUGCAGGGCUGGUGUGCCUGGCCAAGCUCUGUGGGCCCCGCCUGACCACGCUCAACAUCUUCGAGGACAUGCUGCUGCCGGAUGAGGAAUGCAACGAGGAAAGGAUGACCCAGGAAGUCUCACACUAUCUGCAAAGACCGUGGAGUGCGGAAACCUUUCCCACAUGGCCAGAAUGAACAAUAACCAGCUUAUUCCAAGUGCAACUGACUAUUUUUUGCAGUACACAUUUUUGCAAGAAUUCAGUGUAACACGAAAUGGCGAAAUUAAAUUUUUAAAAAAUAUUUUAACAUCAUUAUGCAUUAUAAAAGUUAUUAUUUAUUUUUGGUAAUGAAAUCAAGGAUUCUGUUGAAGUGCCCCUGGAAAUGUACACAAAACAACAGACCUUGUUGCUAGUGCGAUGGACUGGAAAGUCCCAAGGGAUGGGAUAAAGGGAUUUUCCCGGGGAAGAGGGGGGCUUCAGAUUUCUUUUUACGUUUACGUGCAUGUCUGAUUAGAGCAACUAGCAAACACACAAAAGAAUACCACUAUAUUUUUAUCACGAAAACAUGCAAUAACGUACAAGCCCAACCCCCAAUCCCCAACCCCCAACUGCCAACCCCUUCCCCCCCAGAUCAGUGCCUAGUCCAGCUGUUGUCAGUGUAGAUGCAUGACUAGACGUAUAUUAUGCAUGCAGAAUAUGCUGUAUUCAGAGUCUUCACGUGGAUCCUAGUUUUACACAUUUUGUUCAGAUUUAUAAAUGCAG